CGCGCACGCAUGGCUCCAACGCCGACGUGCGUGCUGCUGACCCGAGGGGUCUCCCCCGGUUUCGCCGCCGCGCAGCGGACGGAGGACGACGGCGGCGCGCCCCUGAGCGCCUCCGCCGCGUCCGCCGAGCACGAAAAACUCGUGGACAAGCUGAGACCCCACGCGGGGCGCGUCGUCUCCAUCGACGCGGACGAUAAGCAUCCCGACUGCGUGUUCGUGGAGGACUGCGUCGUGGCGCUGCCGUCCCGGGGUUUCUUCGCGUGCAACCCGCACGUCACGCGCCGGGGCGAGGUCGCCGCGGUCGUGGGCGCCGCGAUGGGCGUGAGCUGGCCGGACGUCGGGCCGAUGUUCCUCCGGGGCCUCGCGAGCGAACGCGAUGGCGAGCGCAUCGAGGGAGGCGACGUCCUCUACGUGUCGGGCGGGCGCGACACCGCGCACCACUACCUCGUCGGCGUCGGGAACAGGUCCAACGCCGCCGGCGCCGACGCGUUGAGGACCGCGCUGCGCAAGUGCGCCGUCGCCGCCGGAGCCCUGUACGAACCGAUGGAGGAGUCGACGCUCUUCCUGGUGCACGAGGUGGACCUCUCCGGCACGGGAUGGCUCCACCUCAAGAGCGCGCUCACCUGGGCACCCAACGUCGGGUUCGUGGCGUCGGACCCCGCGUGCCCGGUGCUGGAAAGGGCGCUGGCGUGCCUGGACGGAUGCGAGGACACAGCUGUGAACCGGAUCCGGGACCCGGCGGUGAUUGUCCCAAAGCACUGUCCAAAUGUGUUGGCGCUGCCCGGUGAUGUAAUCUUCACGCAUCCAAACGCGUCGGAGGCGAUACGAGCGAGGGGCGCGGAACGCGGCGUCGUCGUCGUCGACGCGGAGCAGCCGGAGCUGGCGAGGGCGGACGGGGCGCUGACGUGCUGCGCGGUGGUCCUGGACCCGGACUUCAGGUGGGGACCGAACUACUGACGACGACGACGGGAGGAGAAUGUGUCAAAAAUGUGUCAAAAUUCGUCC